UGUGUGUUCGGUACAGCAAAACGAUCAUCAGUUUUUCAUAGAUCUUCGAUCUGAUCAAACGUGCAAUUUACCACUCUCGUUCGCUCAAUUAGUUACCGUUUCUAUUUUUCUCAGCAGUUUAUUUGAUUUUUUGAGUCGCGUUCCGUGGGUUCUCACUUAUGCAAUUUUCAAUUUCGAACAAUCAAGUGCUUUGUUAGUGUUGUGUAUUUUCACAAUUUUUGGACAGACGAAACAUUCUAAUUUUCUUUUACAACACCAGCUGACUGCAGUGAACUUCUACUUUUACAUCAAUUUCACAAAAGUGUGACUGUAACUUGUACGUGAUUUCUUGAUGGUAAAUCAAACGUAAGACCGAUAAGUUUGCGGUUUGAAAUCGGAAAGAUUGACGAUUAAAAUCGGUGCGAUUAUUGAAUACACAAAUUGAAUUUGUGAAUUCAAACCGGGUAUCUGGUGUUGGAUUCGAUCUCAUUGGAAAAAAAUGAGUUCAAAAUCGAUUCGCACGAAGGUGCUAACAAUUGGGUUGCAGCUUUUACUGGUCGUCAUUGUCGCCGGACAGAAUUCACUAUUUAGCAAUCCAAGUCAAAUACCAAAAACAAACUUUAAUUGCAAGGGAAGACCCGCUGGAUACUAUGCAGACGUUCAAGCAGGUUGUCAGAUUUAUCAUAUGUGCGAUGGACUAGGACGACAAUUCAGCUAUUCGUGCCCAAACACAACGCUUUUUCAACAGAGAAUGCUCAUUUGCGAUCAUUGGUACAUGGUGAACUGUUCGAAAGCCGAAAGCGAUUACGAUGCUAAUUUAUUGAUCGGUCAACGAGACAAACCGUUUGUUCGUGACGAUGAACAUGAUGUCCGAACACCUCGUCCCGAUUUAUUUGAUAGGCCUGGUAAUGAUAUUGCUGGCGAGUCAUUUAGAAAGGCAAUAUCACCGCUAUUGAACUCGAUUCAAAGUUACGAAAAGCGGCCGGCGAUCCUUCAUAAAGCUGCAUCAUCAUCAUCUCCAGUUGUUGUUGAAAAUCGUAACGAAAAGCCUUUUGUUCUACCCGGUCGUUGGAAUACCAUUCAAACAACAUCGGCACCAAUAACAACGACCCAGCGUUCAAAUUUCCAAUCAUUCAAUCACUUCGACACCAAUGCACCCAGUUUUUCGGGUGGAAAUGAUUUGAAAACGUCAUCAAGUCAAGACAGUCGUCGAACGCAAAACGAAAACGUUUUCGAAAGUGAUGAAAAGCCAGCUCAGAAACCGACCGUAAAACCGUUGGUCAUUGAGUUCCAACCACCGUUUUUGAAUCCAAUUUUCAACACAACUGUCACAACAACAACGACAAAAAGUCCACAGUUCACUCGUCCAUUGCCAACGACUCCGGCGUUCACCCAGACCACUGUGAAUUCAAUUCCACCACGUCCACUAACACCAACCGAGGAUCGAACUCGGCCGAAUCAAAUCCAAUCGGCUAGUUCCGGUGUAAGUAAUUUCGGUGAUCGUUUAAAAACGUCAACUGCCACACCAAUAACAUCGACCCCAAGUGUGGUGUCGGCUCCAAGUGACGGUGGUACAAAAUUAAAAGAACCACCGACAGUAUUAUUGCCACCAUACGAAAACCCAUUGUUCGGUACACCAACUCAAGGUCCACCAAUUUAUCGUGAAUGGCAAUUACCUGCGGCUGAUUUACAGCCACCGUUCGAUGAAAAUAAAAGCAAUGGUGCCAUUACAAUAUCAAGUGAUGAAAAUCAAAUUCCCGUAAUACCACCGCACACAACACAGUCUGGACCAUCAUCAUUUUCGGACAAAGAUUUGGUGCCGCCGCUAUUCGAAUCAUUCAGCAAUAUAAAAUUGCCAUCACUUUCUUUAAAACCGCCAGUCUAUUCACCGUUGCCAGUAUUCAAUGACACAAACACAUCACGAACAUCAAAUCAUACAUUUCCAUCGUUAACAGCAAUAAAUAAUGCAAAUACAUUUGCACAAGCUACCGAUAAAUCGCAAACACAACGCUCCGUCACAACAAUACCGUCGGCGAUCAAUUCCAUUUCAACAAAACGAAAUAGCGAAACCACAACACGAAAAGAGCUCAAUUAUUUGGAAUUGAAAAAACAGUUUUCGGUGCCCGAAUUUACGUUCCCAUUGGAAAAUAUUGAACGGCCAAGUUAUACGGAAAAUAAUGCGGUAAAUUCAUUUCAAAUUAAAAUACCCGAUGAUGUGGCCCAAAGUCAAGAGCUAAUCAGCGAUGGUAGUUCGAAUGAAGUGCAACGAAAACCAUGGUACGGUGAAAAUGCCAAAUGUCCGGAAUGUCAUCCAUCAUUUUUAAAACCCGGCACAUGCGAACCAUGCAUUAAAAUUCGAUGAAAAAAUUAACACAAAUGAAAAAAACACCGUUGCGAUAAAAAUCGUAUUGGGAAUACUGCUUUCACAUACACUCAGUGCAUACAUAGUUACGUCUUUAGCUCUUUCUUUUUAAUUUUAUUCCAUAGGUUUAAGGAAUUUACAUUAGGGCGCCAAAAUCAUUCUCUUGCCUGUCAAACAGACAGAGUCCAUCCUCUACCGUCUCACACUGUUUUUUUUUUGUUUGUAUUAAAACACAUAAUUUAGUGUUUGCCUUUCGCUAUUUCUAUUUUUGGUUUUAUUUUUUGUUUUAACAUUCUUUCGUUUUUAAAUAUUUA